CUCCGCCAACGGCAUUUACUGUACGGUCACCCGGCACAAGAGACUCCAGUUAGUCCGGUGACCGCGGGAAUGCUUGUCAAUGAGCAGCAACACGCGCAGGGUACAUCAAUCGAGGCUGAGCUGUCUGUCUCGGCCGCGUUGGUGGCGUAUCUGGUGCAGAGCAUCAACGACUAUGACAGGGAGGUCCAGGCAGUGGCGAAUUGCGGCGAGAGGACCUUUCGGGCCCCGACGGCUGCCGGUAGCCCGGAGCGCCUGUUUUCGAUGUGCGUGCCGCAGACCAGAAACAUAGUGAGCGACGUUCUUAGGAGAGGAGCGUGGGAGAAGGAACAAAUUUUGGCCAGCGCGGAAAAAAUGAGGGUGCAAAGGGGCAGGAGGGGGCGCGGGAGGCAAAUUGUGGAGUGUGUCUGUUGUGUGAUCAGGAGUGCGGGUCCCCCGGUGACGCUCGUUGUGUGUUUGUGGAUGUGGGCGUGGAGGAGGGAUGGUACGCUCUCAAUAUCGCAGCACUGGGGUAUAAAGUCAUCGGUAUAAAGAGACAGACACGAGAAUGGACACACGCACAACUGCUGUCAUCAUUAAUCUCUUGCAUCGCUGCGUGUGGAUGUGUGUCUGUAUGUCUGGUGUAGGUUUCGAGGCAAUGCUUCGCAACGUAUACGCGACCACCAGGUCCGCACACCUGCCCGCCAACAGCUUUGAGGGCUCCGCCAUCCCAAAUAUACAAAUAUACCCAUUUGCAGCCGGAGACAAAGAUAGACGUCCCAGAACAGUCAGUACAGGGACGUGCGUCAUGUGUGGCGGGUGUCGGUUACUGUUCAGGUGCCUCGUCGCUUCACGUAAGUGGCACCAAGAUUCACUGUGCCUUGUCUGUUGGCUGGUCUAUGAUAUCUGGAUCCCUUCUUCCCUCGUACAGAUGCUAUAAACACCCUGGAUGGUCAGUUUUCACACACACACAUAUAUUCAGAUCGGCCAUCCUAUGCGCUGGCCUGAGUGUGUGAGGGGUCUUGUGCAGGUCAGACUUUGUGCGGCAAUUCCUCUGAUGUGAUUAAGAGGAGAGGCCUCAUACGGCGACACGAUGUAUCGAUGUGCGAAAGCAAUACAGACAUGUCUGCGUGGUAUUGUGUCUCUGGUUGAUUGCAGGUGCAGACGGUGCUGCUCGACGACAUGCUGGCUGAUGUGUCGCCAUGGAUGAUCAAACUGGAUGUCGAGGGAGCCGAACUCAAAGCCCUUCGAGGCACGACUAAGCCAGAUACAUCCAUCAAUGGCGGGUUGCAUUUUCUCUUGUCACAUGUCAAUCAGGCGCCCGUGAGGUCCUAAAGCGCGUCAAGUAUGUGUUCCAUGAAGUAUCCAGGUAUCACUUCACAUACGAAAGUCAAAUUCAUUGAACAUGUAGCAUCGCGAAUGGCAGGAGCCUCCUCACGGAUGCGGGCGAUGCGGGUGACACGCCAGAGGCCGUGCUCGCCUUUUGGCAGGGGAUAAAUUACUCGUGCCGACCUUCCAAGGUCUCGCGUACGGACCUCCGCACCAUGUUCACGGGACGAGAUGUCGUUACAGACAUACUCUGCACCAACCUCAAUUCAUUGACACACACACUACGACCAUGACAUAUGCGCUGCGGUGGAAUGUGUCGUGUUUCCAUGAUGUGCCUCAUGUUUGUGAUUUGAAAUGGAAUCGAUUACUGUGUCUAUGCCUCACUUCCUCUAGUCGAAAAGGCUGAAUUGUCUGAGCUCGAGCCUGGCGACUCGGGCCUGCGCUAGGCUGCUUGAAUCAUGUCAGACGCCUGUACCGGGCAAGGAGAG